AUGGCUCCGGUCUUACAGAGUUUAUAUCUCAUUGUUCAUCUAGAAAGAUGUAAUGCAAAGGAUACUGGAAUCUUGCUUGGAAUUGCAUUAGCUCUCCAUGUGCACGAGCUGGUUCUCGAAGUUCGAUCUAGAGAAGUGUUCAGAUUUCCUAGAAGCUUGUUAAAUUUUGGUACACUAGUGACCUUGAAACUCAAGAAUAAUGUUCAUAUGGAUGUCCCUUCUUCGGUUUGUAACAAAUCCCUUAGAAAUCUGCACCUUCACUAUGUGGAAUACCAGGACCAAAAUUCAGUUAUUAACUUUUUAGGUGGCUGUCCUAAUCUCAAGACUUUGACGGUGCAUAGAUAUUCACAUAGCAGUGUGAAGACAUUCACUAUAUCCGUACCAUCUUUAGAGAAGCUAUCAAUUUAUAAUAGCAAUGGUGGACAACCAGAUUGGGGCUAUGCCAUAAAUGCUCCUUCCUUGAAGCUCUUAAAGAUUAAAGGGAUUUCUGGUCUCGGGUUUUGUCUAAUUGAGAAUGUUAUGGAACUGGUGGAGGCAAGUAUCAUUGAUGUCUCUAGUAUAUCCAAUGAGAACCUUAUAGAAUCUCUAACUUCAGUCAAACGUCUUUCAUUGAGAAUAUCUCCUUUGAAGAUUAAGUUUACUACCGGUAACAUCUUUGAUCACCUGGUGUAUUUGGAGCUACAUGCAUAUAAAGAAGCGUGGUGGAAUCUACUUACCAUUAUGCUUGAUAGUUCUCCUAAAUUGAAAACCCUCAAGCUCAUCAACCGAUGGCAUUGUGAAAAAGAUUAUGUGGGUCGUGGGGAAUGGAAACAACCAAAAAAUGUUCCUAGAUGUUUUUGGUUUCAUCUUGAGAUAUUCAUAUGGAAAGGCUACAAAUGGCAACGAGAAGAUGAGAAGCAAGUGGCGAAAUACGUUCUGGGGAACGCAUUUAGUUUGAAGAGAGCAAUUUUCUCCACAAAGCGUAUCAAGCCUAAAAAGAGAGCUGAGGUGGUGAAAGAUUUGAAAAGUGUUGUCAAGGAUUCAAACAGAUGCCAGCUUAUAUUCAAAUGA